UAGAAUCGCGAGAAUGUACGGGAGAGAUCCAUGGGGUGGACCAUUAGAAAUAAACACCACUGACUCAGCGACGGACGAUGAUGGCAGCAGAAACUUGAACGACUUCGACAGGGCGGCGUUAUCGCGGCCGCUGGAUGAGACGCAACAGAGCUGGCUGUUAGGUCCCGGAGAAGAGAAGAAAAAGAAGUACGUUGAUCUUGGUUGCAUCAGUGUCAGCCGUAAGAUCUUCGUUUGGACGGUUGGAUUGAUAUUCGCAGCUGGUUUCAUUGCUGGGUUUAUUGUAUUGAUCGUUAAAACUGUUCCUCGGCAUCACAAACACCCCCCACCUGCAGAUAAUUACACUGUUGCGCUUCAAAAAGCUCUCAUGUUCUUCAAUGCCCAAAAAUCUGGAAGACUCCCCAAGCACAAUAACGUGUCAUGGAGGGGUAACUCCUGUCUAAACGAUGGAAAAUCAGACAAAUCAGGGGCAGUGCUAAAAGAUCUAGUGGGGGGAUAUUAUGAUGCUGGAGAUGCUAUAAAGUUCCAUUUCCCUCAAGCUUUUGCCAUGACCAUGUUGAGUUGGAGUGUGAUCGAAUACAGUGCUAAAUACGAAGCUGCAGGAGAGCUCAACCAUGUUAAAGAGAUCAUCAAAUGGGGCACUGAUUACUUUCUCAAAACCUUCAAUUCUACAGCUGAUACCAUAAACCAACUGGUAUCUCAGGUGGGGACUGGUGAUACGUCUGGUGGGACAAAUGAUCCGAAUGAUCAUACUUGCUGGAUGCGACCCGAGGACAUUGAUUACCCUCGCCCAGUGACCGAAUGCUCUAGUUGCUCUGAUCUUGCUGCUGAGAUGGCUGCUGCUUUAGCUUCAGCUUCCAUUGUUUUCAAGGACAAUAAGGUGUAUUCAAAGAAACUGGUGCAUGGAGCUGCAACUCUUUGGAAGUUUGCUAGGGAUCAGAGGGGUAUGUACAGUGGUGGUGGUGCAGAUGCUGCAAACUUUUAUAAUUCGAGUAUGUAUUGGGAUGAGUUUGUGUGGGGAGGAGCGUGGAUGUAUUAUGCAACGGGUAAUCAGUCUUAUCUUUACCUUUCCACUCACCCUACACUCGCUAAGCAUGCUGGUGCUUUCUGGGGUGGUCCCGAUUAUGGUGUUCUUAGCUGGGAUAACAAACUCACUGGAGCUCAAGUGUUACUGACUAGAUUGAGAUUGUUUCUGAGCCCUGGUUAUCCCUAUGAAGAAACAUUGAAGACUUUUCACAACCAGACAAGCAUAAUCAUGUGUUCAUAUCUUCCGUACUUCAGUAGUUUUAACAGAACAAGAGGAGGGUUGAUCCAAUUAAACCAUGGGAGACCGCAGCCUCUUCAGUAUGUUGUGAAUGCAGCCUUUCUAGCGACACUCUAUAGCGACUACCUUGAUGCAGCCGAUACUCCCGGGUGGUAUUGUGGGCCAAAUUUCUACUCAACCAACGACCUACGUAAAUUUGCAGAAACUCAGAUUGAUUAUAUACUUGGGAAGAAUCCAAGAAAGAUGAGUUAUGUUGUGGGAUUUGGAAAUCACUACCCGAAGCAUGUGCACCACAGAGGUGCGUCAAUCCCAAAGAAUAAGGUGAAGUAUAACUGUAAGGGAGGGUAUAAAUGGAGGGACUCUAAAAAACCGAAUCCACAUACGAUCAUAGGGGCAAUGGUUGCAGGGCCAGAUAAAUAUGAUGGUUUCCAUGAUGUGCGUACAAACUACAAUUUCACAGAGCCGACUAUUGCUGGAAAUGCUGGUUUAGUGGCGGCUCUCGUGGCCCUUUCCGGUGAAAGAACAACUAAGAUUGAUAAAAACACCAUUUUUUCGGCGGUGCCACCUAUGUUUCCGACUCCACCACCGCCACCGUCUCCCUGGAAACCUUGA